AUGGAUAAUUUGAUCAACAGGUGGAAGUAAACUGUAGAAAAUCAUAAUAGAAAGCUCUCCUAAAUGAGAGAAGAGUCAUUAGGCAGAUCUGUAUCUAAAGAUAGAUCUAUGUUUAUUUCAAGCAACGCUUUAAAUUAGUCAUAGUCAACUAAACACAUUCCAUAAACCGAAUUCAAGAAUUAAAAGGACCUCGAUGUUUCAAUAGAAAAGAGUAAUAGACAUUCCCCUAUUAGAACAAACCUUAGUUUUACUCAAAAAGAGAACAAGCCUCCUAAAGUGAACUAUGAAAAACUAUAAAAUCGUGAAGAUGAAGACUUCGUUUCUUAGUAUAUAGACUAAAUCAUUGCUUUAUUCCCUGAAACCAAAUUGAAAUCGAAAAAGAGCUAGAAAAUUAUAGAUUUGAUUCUCAAUCACUAUUCUCAGAGAUUUAAAUAAUUAAAUCAAACUAGGAAGGAAAUUAAAGCUCGAGAUUAAGAUAAACGUGAAAAUGCACAUGCAAAUGAAGCUAUUACUAAAAAGCUCAGUGAAUUAGAGCAAAAGUUGCAGGAAAGUGAAAGAGAAAGACAUAAAGCGAGAUAGGAGAGAGAUGACCUUUUAAGAUAGCAUUAGUAAAUGGCUAGAGAUCAAGAUAACAAAAGUGAAUAGCACCAAAUAAUGAGUAUGCUGAGGAGGACACAGGAAACAUUGGAAAUAGCGAAUCAGAAGUUAGAGUAAAUGUUUAUGGACAAUAAAAAACGAUUCAAGGAAAAGGAAGAACUGUGGGAUUCAGAAAUGGCUUAACUCAAAUAAGAUAUACAGCUGUUUGAAGUAAAAAGAAAAUGA